CUGACCAAUCAGCAUCGAGAUCCAUACGUUUGUGCCAACAUGGCGGAAGUUGGUUGUUUUCGCACCGAUUCUGAGACUUUCCAGUUGAAGAAGACCGUACCAUGAAGGUGACUGGUCGUUAGGCGUGGCUACAGUGACAUCAUAUUUACGCUCAAUCCGGCCCAUUAUAAUUAGCCCAUUAUAAUUAGAGAACCGGUUUUUGCCCUGGAUACGUUGGAAGAACACAUGACUGCACCCAUAUAAAGCUCAACCCACCAUCAUCAGCUACACUACCUACCAAUUUAAGAUGAACAGAUGACGUUUAUUCCUGUAUCCUGAAAAAAAAAAUCAUAAUUUGAAGCAGAAAAUAGUCCUCAUACACAGUCUGUGUGCAAGACAAACAAUAUGGAUAACAUUGAACUUCGGCUGACCCUAUCGGAGGUGUCCAUAAUGGACUUGGUGUCGUGGAUCGCAUCGGGAGCGAUGAUCUUUGGUGGCAUUGUGCCUUAUGUUCCACAGUACAGACAGAUCAGAAGGACAGAGAAUGCAGAGGGGUUCUCCACUUAUGUCUGUCUGGCCUUACUGCUAGCCAACACACUCAGGAUAUUCUUUUGGUUUGGAGUUCAUUUUGAGCUCCCCCUCCUGGCCCAGAGUAUCAUAAUGAACUUCACCAUGAUGGUGAUGCUACACUUGUGUACCAGAGUUACACAGCUGAAUGAGAUGUCUACCAAGAGGAGAGCCUUCCUGGGCCAUGCCACUGAGUCUUUGUUGGAAGGUUUGUCCCCGGAAAAAGCCAACAGAGAGGAAAAUAAGGAACUCCUUGAAUUUGCUGAGGGGAUGGAAAUUAGAAAAAGGCAUGAAUGUGCUGAGCUACAGCAGGGAAAACCUGGUCUGAAAGACGCCAGCAGUCAAACUGACCCUGAAACUGCUCACAGGUUCCUGGACUUUGACCAUAGGUACUUCUGGAAGUGGACCAAGUUCAGAGACUACAUCCAGUUUAUGUGUGUGUUCACGCUGAUUGGAGGCUACAUCACGUACAUGUGCCUGGACUUCCCUGUGUAUGUGGAGACUGUGGGCUUCCUGGCAGUGUUUGUGGAGGCUCUGUUGGGGGCACCCCAGUUCUGGAGAAACUACCAGAACAAGUGCACAGUGGGGAUGAGUGUAAAGAUGGUAGGUUUCUGGACCAGCGGUGACACCUUUAAGACUGCCUACUUCAUCAUCAACAAGGCACCUAUGCAGUUCUGGAUAUGUGGGUUAUUACAAGUUGGGAUAGACAUUGCAAUUCUACUACAAGUAUGGAUAUAUAGGAAAAACUUACACCCAAUAUCAAAACCUGCCAAGCCUAUAUAAUCCCUUAUUAGAAAGGAGAGAAAUUUUUGUUCUGUUGAGCAACAUUUCAGUAUUAAGUUAUUAAAA